AUGCCUGGCUCCAAUCCACGAUCUACCAAUGCAUGCGAAACAUGUCGAAGACGCAAGGUAAAAUGUUCCGGUGAUAAGCCUUGUCGGGCUUGUACCAAACACAAUUGGGAAUGCACUUUUGGUCAUUCCGGUCGCAGACGGUUCUCUGAAGCGUGGGUUCAUGCGCGUCGUAGGCUCUGGCCAGUCUUGCUGACUCCAACUAGCCAAGUGAAACAUCUCUUGGAAAAGGUCCGAACAUAUGAGGAGCAGCUCAGCUCUCAGUCUGUAGGGGGUCCAGUCUCUUCAUUGCCUUCUCCAAUAGCGCCAGAUGAGACUCCAGGCCGUCAAUCUGCGCAACGAAGUCCUUCAAGACCUGGGAAUACAGAGCGCCCUAAUCAGAGGCAAGAUAAGAUAUUAUAUCCCGAGGAUGAUCCUGCUAUAAGUCCGGGUAACUUGGCAUCGUUUUCUUCUUCCUGGUCUGCUUGUGAAUAUGAACUGACUGUGCGUGAAGCAACGGACCUGACCUCCGGGCCUGCAUUCGAGUCUCAAGUCAGAUCGCUUCUUGACAGGUCGCAUUCCAGUGACGGCAGCUUUCAUGGAUCUACUUCAAAUUUUCGAUGUCGGGCUGACCGAUUACCUCAGUGGACGUCGGUUAAAGAGCUGGUUGACAAUGUUGCCGGAGUAUCUUUCCCGUCUUUGGAGGAAUCACAGCACUUGCUUGAUCAAUUCCUUUUUUAUCUUGGCGUGAGCCAGCACUUCUUUGACCCACGAUCCUUCUCAGACGACCUUACCUUGCUAUUCCAAAGCCCAGAGACAAGGCAGCAACAGAUAAACUCUCCUUGGUUUACACAAUAUCUUUUGGUCAUGGCCAUGGCAAAGCUCAUGGAUGUAAAACAUCCGACAUCACAGACACCUGGAGCGGACUUGUUUGCUGAGGCCUUGAAGCGUCUUCCUCCGUUGCAUCAUAUGGGUGGGGAAGGUGUUGUCGCUGUCGAGAUACUGACACUGAUUGCUACAUAUCUGCAGUGGUGUGACCGUAAACAUGAUGCAUAUCUCUAUAUUGGACUCGCACUUCGGCUUGCUAUUGCUCUUGGGUGCAACCUACGGGAAAUCGACCAACGCUGCCUCCCUUCCCAGAGCGCCCAUAGAUUAAGACUAUGGUGGACGGUGUACAUGCUCGAUAGGCGCCUCUCGUCGGGUCUCGGACUGGCUGCAGGGGCUGAUGAACGACAGCUACGUACUGAACUCCCGGUGAACGCGAUGGGGUUCCAGUCACCAAUUGCCCUUGGUAUCAAUGUUCGUAUCGCGCGUGUCACUGACGAGAUAAUGUCGACCCUUUAUGGCAAUAAGUCAAUCACUCAACUGGAAUUGGUCCACAAGAUCCAGCAAAUCCUUCAAGAACUGCAUGAUACAGGUCGAUCAUUCCCUAAAUCUUUAAUGCUGGACUUCAAUCGACCUUUGCAAUUGGUAAGUCGCACAGGUGCGUCGUUAUACCUGAUGCUUUUUCAGGCUAUCAUCCUAUGUACACGGCCAAUACUACUUCAAAGAGCCCGUUUUGAAGCUCAGAGGCAACAACAGUCGCAGUCACCUGAUCCAGCGCCAAGUAUGCUGCUGCGUCUCUGCGAUACAUGUGAUGAGGCAGCCACCAGAAGUCUCGCAAUACUUGAAUCACUUCGUCGACAGCAAACCAUCCCCCGAUAUGGCUUUUUCGAUCUGGACGCAACAUUCUCCGCUGCAUUUGUUCUGGUCAUGGUAGGCUUCUUGAACAAAUCACAGAGCCAACCACCGCCAGCGCUUGAUCAAGCAUACAAAGUGCUCCAGUUUCUAUCACAGUCUGGCAAUCUGGCUGCCGAGAGACGCCUGCAGGAUAUUGCACAAUCUUACUCGCACGUUUGGCCGAAUCACGCUUUCAAUGCGAAUGCCUCGCACAGCGAUGCAGCCCCCCGAGACAAGACUCAGGCUUUUGCAGCAAGUCCAGACUCGAGACAAGAUGGACUGUUGACUUCCUUGGACACUACAACAAAUAUGGCUGUGGCCUCAAGUGGUCGGAGCGAUCAUCAAGAUGAGAUCAGGUUACUUGAGCCAUGGUCUAAUAUGGAUGUUCCAGACGCAAUGUUUGAUAUGCAGGGAGACUGGAAUCUAGAUCUGUCCGGGGAAGCAGAGGGGAUUUAUUCCAGUUUCCACAAUCCAACAUUACCACUGACUGGGGUAGACUAUAUCGACUGGUUGGAGAUCGAGAAAGUAUUUAACGGUCCAUAG